AUGAUUCAAUUCGCCAAGGACUGGGAUUUUGAACACGUAACUUCCUCACCUCAUCACCAGCAAGCUAAUGGCAAGGCGGAAGCUGCAGUCAAAAUUGCCAAACGUCUGAUUAGGAAAGCAGAUGAAACAGGUUCCGAUUACUGGUUUGCUCUCCUACAUUGGCGGAAUAUUCCGAACAAGAUUGGUUCCAGUCCGGCAGCUCGACUGUUCUCAAGAUCAACGCGAUGCUCGGUACCAACUGCGGCUGCUAAUCUGCUUCCGAAGGUGGUAGAAAAUGUUCCAGAAUCUAUCGAACAGAACAGAAAGUGUUACAAGAAGCAGUACGACAAACGAAGCCGAAACUUACCAGGUCUUCAGAGUGGAUCGCCAGUAUAUGUGCAGUUGAAUCCGGAAGCCUCGAAACAGUGGACACCUGGAACAGUAUCCUCCCAGCUGAACGAACGCUCAUACCUUGUCAACGAACCCGAAACGUCGCCCUGCCGCUCAGCACCAGCAAAUACAAUUCCGGAGGAGAAAGAACAAAAAACACCGUUCCCGUCGUUGGCACCAAUUAAUUUUCCAAUCAGCUGUCCAUCGCCCAACAACAACAACAACAACAACAACAAUCUUCAACAUGAAUCGCCGCCUACUACAAUCAUCGACCAUCAUCAUCGAGAAUCAUCGAGUGUGUCACCGAUACCGAGUUCAUCGAUUAUCAACUCACCUAUCAGAGUCAGCGUAACCUCUCGUCCGAAAAGAGAGCAUAGAAUUCCGUCUAAACUCAAGGACUACGAAUUAGAGUAUUAA